CCACCAGUUGUUAGUCCUUCGCGGAACUUCAAGCGAACUAGACACUCAUUUCGCGAGAAUCCUAUUCGAACCAGCUGACUACGCGUUCUAGGGGAUCCCGAGCGCUAAAAGAAAUUUCUCAGAUUGCUAAAGAAUGUCCUGUUCUGCUAAUAAUUUUCUAGUCUUCCUUUUGAUCGUGAUCAGUUGUAGUGAAUUUUCGAGAUGUGACGAUGUCACCGUGAUACCAUACAAAAGUGUUGAGCAGUGCAAGAAGAGUGAACGUUACGACCUGGAUUCAUUCCAAUGUGUUGAAUGCGACAGCAAGAAUAGCCUCCUGGUACCGUCGGCGGAUCGUUCCUUAUGUACCUGCGACCCGACGGCAUAUGAGGUUGCUUUAUACGAUUUCACUCAACAAAAACCCAUUUGCAACCCAACGAGCUGCAAGUCAUGCACAAAGCCUGAACAACCUCGGUGCAAGAUAAAAUACAUCGACUACGUAAAAACAAACAUCACAACUCACAAAUCGCUACGGAUAUUCUACGAUGACUCAAAAAACUGCACCUGUGAUCCUAAGACAAAUUACCAAUACCAUGGAUUUUGUAUAGCAAUAACUCUUCUCAAGAACUACCAUCAUUUUAAUACCUUUCAUCCAGAACGUGGAAUUUAUUCGGAACUGAAAUUUAUUACUUUCUUUUGUAAAAUCCUUCGUAAUACGACGGCAUGUAACCAUUUGGCAAAUUUAUGUGUGUCAUCGUUUUAUAGCCUUGCAAAAAAUUCACCAUGCAGUCUAUUUUAUAUUUCUCAAGCGUCCGAAGCGGCUGUAUAUAGUGAAGACGAUAUGGAGUAUCUGAGACCUUUCUUGUUCCGUAGGAGGGCAAGGAGCACUAAGAAGGAACUAGAAAGAACUAUUGAUUUUUCAUAUAAUUUAAACGUUAAAGGGGAAGACCCAUUGCAACUCGUUUCAUUAACACAUUCCCUAGACGGAUCCAAUAUAAGGAUGGGGAAAUUCUCACCCCACUCGGUCAAUUUAUGCAACCACAACAUGCUUUCAAGUUAUAGUGAAUUUGAAUUUGGAAGAAACUACGAAAAUGGUUGCAAAUUUACUUUGGAUAAUCUCAUGGAAAUGACCACGUUAGGGAAAUAUUUUUAUAGUAUCUACUUGAACUACACAAUCGAUAAAGUGCAAUACCUGCAACCAGUGCCUAUACUGAUAAGAAACGCCUUCAAGUUCAAUGAGGGCCAAAAUCCAUCCGACUGGCAGUUGGUGAGACGAUUUCAACUCUUUGAUGCACAUCAACUACCUUCUUCGCCAACAAAACUUCCGUACCCGUUUCAAACCGACUCUUCCAAACUCCUUCGAUUCAAAAUGAUUCGAUAUAUUGAUAGCUUCCAAAUGAUAAUUAAUAUUCGUGACGGCAAUCGGAUAUCCUCACCGCUAAUAGUCUUGAACUAUAAAACUAUUUACGUUCAUCGGAAUAGUUCUUUACAAUCGCAAUAUGACCAUAAAUUUGAAGUUCGGUUUGUGAUCGGACACGACUUACAUUUCUAUGUUGAGCUGCUCCUACCGCUAACCAUGGCAAUUGGAUUUGCGUUCGCCAUUCUGAGGACGUUCAAUUAUAAAACACGACAAAAUAAGGAAUAUUAUGAUUUUUCGGCACUUUGCCAGUUUGUUUUAUAUUUAUGCUCUAAUUGCUCGAACGCUCUGUUUUCUGUUGCGAUUUUUGUAUGUUUUUAUGUGUUUUUUGUUUAUACGGGACAAAGUGUAAUUAAGUUAUUGGUUCCAAUUCAACAACAGAACUUGAUUGAUGUGCUUAUCGGGGUUGCUUUCUGGUUAAAGACUAGCUAUUUGGUAGCCUACUUUUGGAGAGUUACACAUUCUGAUAUAUUUUUCAUCGAUUGGGAACGACCACGAGGUUGUGAUGCUUUAUCUACGGCCAGAAGUAAUUUAGAUACACCAUCUGUUUGCUCCAGCGCACGAAGUUUCAAUGGUGAAGCGGUUUCAGCAUGGAGGAAUUUCUUCGUUGCAAAUGAAUGGUUGAAACUAUCUUCUAGAAGGAAAUCAUCAAUACUAUUCCAAAAUAUAGCGCUUUUAAUCUGUCUUGAAAUUCUUAGCAACCUCUUCGGAACCCUUCGCACCAACGAUAAAACGUUGAACUUGGCGCUGAUUAUCCUGAUUCAAUUGAUACUCUACACUAUUCAGAUUUCCGUAAAUUUCAUUGUUAUAGAAAAGAUUUACGGAAAUCCUCUACAACAAUUCGUCGAUGUUUGUUCGACUGCAAACAUAUCCGUAUUCCUUUUACUGCACGACUCCUAUGGUUUUUAUAUACACGGACGAUCGCCUCAUGGUUUUUCCGACGUUGAUAUGUCAUCUAUAAUAAUUCAACUACAACGAGAAGCUCAGAAUAUGUGUAGCAGAAGAGGACUAUUGACAGGAUCUGAUAACCAGAAUUAUAUUAUUUUGGUGCCUACGAAUCUAAAAAUUUAUUAUGCUAAGCUAUUGGCACCUUUUCAAAAAGCAGCAAGUAUUUCUCAGUCUCAUUUUGAGAAAGAAUUCGCUCAAAGCAAAAUUACUGAUAAUCCCCUCGAGAAGACAACGACCGCCUACAAUAACAUCAAUAGAUUUUUUGCUGCUUUUAUUGAUCAUAGUAUAAAAGAUUUAGAUUACAUCAUAAAAGACAAAACAUGUGUGGAAGUCCUUCUGAACUGCGAGUUCGAAAGCUAUUUAUCAGAUACUAAAGGAACAUUCUACAUCGAUAACUGGCUUUCAUUUGGAAAAGUUCUUCUAUACGGAAAUGAUGUACAAAUAUUUUUAUGUAGCUUAAUGUUGUUUUGCUCAAUAUUUAUACUAUCGAAAAGCCCCACUUUAUCGGCCUUCAUUACAUGUGUUAUUGAUGAGGUGCGUUCUUGCGGGGUGUUUACGUGUAGAAGAUCAACUAAUUUUCCAUUAUUCUCUUUGCCAGAUUUUCCGGACUGUAUUUCGGCGAUUAAUUAAAUCCAAUGUGGCAAACAAAACUCUGAUUGACCAGAGAUUUUUAAUAUAA